CAGGAAAUGGAGCCAGUAGAGUGUCUGGGGACAAAAGGAUGAGAAGGAGUUGCAGAAUAUUCUGAGCAAACACUCACACCGGAGGAAGAAGCAAAGAUUUUUUUUUGCCACGUUGAGUAUUCAGAUUGAGGUGGUUGACCAUGGAUCUCCUUUUUACUUUCUUCCUCAUCAUUGAAGUUUGUGUAUUCCCAAUGCGUGUGGAUGGAUUCAUAAAUAGGCACCCGUACGUUCAUCUACCCGGACAUCAACAAAGGGAAGAAGACUCCUACGCAAGUCCAUACAGACCGAAGCACGACUUUGGUCAAACAGGUACAAGUCAGCCUCCAAGCAAGGCAGCGGAAGGCAGCACUGGCCACUGUGUCCAGUGUUGUGAUCGUAUUGACCCUUCCACAUACCGCAGGCAUCGUUACCGUUACCAUAAUGACGAACCGCUGAAGUUUGAAGUAGUUCCUCAGAUCAACCUUACUAUUCUCAAAGGUGAUAAGGGUGAAAGAGGGACACGAGGUACUUAUGGAAAGAAUGGAAGAGCUGGAAUUCCUGGACCUCCAGGGCCAGCAGGUUUAAAAGGUGCAAAGGGAAAUACAGGGAGGUUUGGAGAUCCUUGCAAAUUAUACUAUGCUGCUUUCUCAGUGGGCCGAAAGAAGGAACUACACAGUGAUAAUUAUUAUCAGAUAUUGGUGUUUGAUACUGUCUAUGUCAAUCUGUAUGAUCAGUUUAAUAUGUUCACAGGGAAGUUUUAUUGCUCCAUCCCAGGUGUUUAUCACUUUAGCCUAAACGUACACACCUGGAAUCAGAAAGAAACCUACAUGCACAUCAUGAAAAAUGAUGAGGAGGUUGUUAUCCUAUAUGCACAACCCAGUGAUCGCAGCAUCAUGCAAAGUCAAAGUAUUAUGAUGGAUCUGGAUCAGAAUGAUGAAGUCUGGGUUCGCUUGUUCAAAGGAGAUCGAGAGAAUGCCAUUUUCAGUGAUGGGUUUGAUACCUAUAUCACCUUUAAUGGUUUCUUGAUAAAAGCAAGCAGUGAGAACUAACAGAACAUCUGAUGGACAGUUACAAAAAAACAUAAAAACUACAGGUUUCUGCUUUAAAAGAUUAAAAAAAAUCUUCUUUCUUGAUUUGCAGUGAAUAAAAUCAUCCUGGUUACUUUGUAAAUACUGUUUAAUCUCAAUGUUUAAUAGCAUUCAGCUAUCCUUGCCAAAGUAAUAUUCUGUUUGUUCUUUUCUGAUUUGUUUCCCUAUAUUUUCCUUCAAGAAGUUCCAUGCCUUCCAUUUAAUGUCACAAACACUCACUUUCCUGUAUCUGAUAUUAUGUGUUUUAAGAUAAGUGCUGUGAUAUUCCUUUGCAUUCACUCAAUCAAUCUGCUUUCAUAAAAUGUGUUUGUACAAUUGGCAUUGUGCUGCCAAGAUGUGAAACAGGUUUUGAAGUUGUAAACUAUAGUUCGGAAAUGUCUGAGUUGUAUUGCAGAAGAAUUAAAAAACAUUAUAUUUUGAGACGAUGUUGAAAAUUACAGAAAAGCCUCUACUCUGUGUUUAUCUGGAAGGGGAAAAAAUUAAGCUGGCUGCCUAGACAUGGACUAAAUAGGUUACAGAGUAGGAGCACAGCAUUUUACUCUGGCUAUGAAAUUCAGUUCUACUGAAGUUAAUGAUGAUGAAAGUAGAACAGAACAUGAAGCUAACAUGAGUAAUCUGUUUUUGUCUAUGGCACAUGCAGUUUAAUUAAAUUGAUUUCUUUCCUAUUUGUCAGUUUUUCAAUAAAUUCAGCUUUUGUUGCAUUUCCUCUCACAUUUCAAGAUAAAUGUUAGAGUCAUGGAGUCAUAACACAAUACACAAAGGAUACAGGCUCUCCAGCCCAAAUCAACCAUGGCUCCCACCAUGCUAGUCCCAAUUCCCUGCAUUCGGCCCGUAUCCCUCCUUAUACGUAUCUAAGGGUGCUUCUUGAAUUAUACUAUUCUAUCGUCUCAACCACUCUUCUGGCAGCUUGUUCCAUAUACUCACCACCCUUUGUGUGAAGUAGUUCCCAUCAGAUCCCUUUUAAUUCUUUCCCACCUCACCCUAAAUCUAUGCCCUCUGAUUGUAGUUUCCCUACCCUAGGGAAAAGACUGUUACUAUCUAUACCUCUCAUAAUUCUGAACAUUCCCAUAAGGUUGCCUCUCAUUCUCCAUGAGUUCUGUUGUGACUAUUUAAUUAUUUUGGCCCACAGAUCCUCAAAUGAGUAAAAAAAUGAGCCACAUACAUCAAAGUUGCUGGUGAACGCAGCAGGCCAAGCAGCAU